AUGGACGAAUAUGAAAAUUUAUUUUUUAAAAUAUUUAGGAAUAAAGUGUUAAUUAAAUAUAUAUUAUCAUUGACCCAUAUUAGAGGCCAAACUAUCAAAUAUGAUAGUUUUAACAAUGUUUGUUCAAUGAUCGAAUCCGAUAAUCUAUCUUUGUUAAGAGAUAAAGUCAAAAGAAAACUAAAUAUACAAUUCCCACUUCGACGCCGUUUAGAUAUUAUGGGUGAUGCUGACCCAAACGAUGAUGAAUUUAUACCCAUUUUCGAAACUAUUAAAGAACCCACCAAAGAAAACUUAGAGUUUUAUUCAAAUUUAUUCACAAACUAUGCUGAUUAUGUAAUAGAUUUUAAUACUAAAUUAAUGUUUGCAACUAGAUUCAAUUGUUUAGCAUCUUUUAUAGUACUCGAUCAAAUAGUAUCACUGUCAAAGAGCUCUGUAGUUAUCUACCAAUCUCUUUUUGAACUAUCAAUGGCCCAUCAUUCUUACGAUAUCAUAAUACAUUUAAUUCAAAACUAUUCAAAUUCAAUCGAUUUAUCAUCAUGUUUUUUAUGGAGCUCAUUGUUAAAAAAUUCAAAAAAAAAGACUAUAAUUACAAAUGAAAUAAAAACCAAUUACAAACUUUUAAAAUACUAUAUAAAUCUUUUUUUGGAUGACAAAAGCAACAUUCCAAAGCUAUUUUCAAAAUGCCCAAUUAUGUCAUUUAAACUUUCAGAUUUAAUAAUUGCAUGCAAAUCGAUUUUAUUAGUAAAGCCUAUACUGGAACUAAAAGUCUCUAUUGAGGCUCCUGAAUUAAAAAAUAUUAAAAAUGGCUUUUCGAAAGAAGAAUUGAACCUUAGUGUGGCCAAAAGUUCGAAUAAAAAAGAAAUUUAUCAACUAUUAGAGCUUUAUUAUUCGACGGGUGGCUGCGAAAAAUCAUUAGCGUAUCAUUUAAAAUUCCAUGAAAAUCAAGAUUUUAAUUUUGGCAGUUUAACAACAUUCCCACAUUUCUAUAUUAAUUUCAAACUCUGUUUAAAGUAUGCAAAUGUAAAUUAUUUAAGACAUCUAAAAAAAAGUGUCGAACAAGGUUUAAAAACUGUUUAUAAAAAAAUGAUUGGCAACAUUUUAUUCAAAAAAAUUAAUAGAGGUAACAAAGAUGAAAUCAAAAUUAAAAAACAAGAUUUUAUUAGGGAACUGGUCAUACUAGAUGCCAUUUGUCCAAUGGUGCUACUGUUUUCUUUAGUUCAAAUUGAUGAUAUCGAGAUGGUCGCAUAUUUUGAUCAGUUUUUGGAAAUCAAUAACAACCAAUGUGCAAUAAAUUUCAACAACUAUAGAAACAGUUACCCACUGAAUAUUAAGAGUUGUAUCAAAUCAAAAGAAAUGUUGUUUUUUUGCUUCAAUAAUUUAAAAUUAAAACAGUUUUUAUUGGAUGAAUUUUACAAAAGUGAAGUAUUAUGUUGGGUUACCAAUGGCCGUAUAGACUUACUCGACUACUAUAAUCAAUUGCUUCAAGAAGAGGAGCCUAUAUUACCAGCACUUGCAAAUAAAGCUUUUAGUCAAUUCUCCGGUCAAUCAGAGUAUAACGUUAUAUUUGGAAUCGAAUAUAUUAUCAAAAAAGUAAAAGAAUAUCAAAUCACUAAACACUUUGACGAAAAAGGUUUAAUUCCAUUAGUAAGAUUAAGGGCACAUGAUAAUGAUCCCAAAUAUAGAAGGAAUCUAGAAUGUGUAAAAUAUAUAAUCGAGAAUACUCAUUGCCAAUAUUACCCAUUUCAAAUUUUUUUACUUUCAUACGGAGCCUCAGCAAAUAGGUGGUGGAUCGAUUUUUUAGACUGGAUAUAUACAUUCCGAAAAGAAGAUAUCGAAAGUGGUAGAUGCCAACUAUACGAAUACAGUUGGUAUAGUUUUGACGUUUCUCAAGAGAAAACUACAGAUACAUUAGACCUUUACCACCUUUCUUUGUAUUUAACCGGUAGAGAGAACCAACUAUUUUCAGAAAUUAAAACAAUCAAAUCAAAUAAAGAUUUCUCACAACUAACCUCGACAAUAGCUAAAAAAGGUGAUAUAGAAAUGUUUGAUAGAUUAAUGGACCAUUUCAAUAAAAUAGAGCCAUCCGAUCAAGACUCACUAGCUUCUUUUAUAGAUAUAAAAUCAAAAAUCCUUCAAGAUUUUUUAGAAUUUGCAACUUUCUAUUGUCAAUUAAAAAUAUUUAAUCAUAUAAACCUCAAUUAUAAUGAUAUUCUGCAAUUUAAAAAUCAAACUCCAAAAGAAAAAACUCCAUUAAUCAACAAUACUUUAUUUGCUUCAAUUUUAAAAAAAGCUAUAUCUUCCGAUGAUAUCAUGUUGUUUAAUUAUUUUUUUGACAACCUAGAUUAUCCAUGUAUAAAAUCAAUAUUAAAAGACACUGAUAAGGAUUCAAUAAUUUUUAAUAAUUAUAAAAAUUAUAAUUUCGAAUAA